AUUACAACAAGUUCAACAUUUAGGGAACACGGAAGUCCAAUUUAUUUUGCAAAAACACGUAAAAGGAACAAAUUAUUCCUGUUUGUUGAGUUUUCAGAGAAGAUACUGCAUUAAUGAUCUAGCCUACUGUAUUAGGUUCAUCGAAAUAUGGGGGCAAGUAGGGUCGAUAUGAAAGUGGUCCUUCUGGGCAAGGAAUAUGGGGGAAAAACCAGCCUGGUAGAGCGCUACCUACAUGACAGGUUUGCAGGAGAUACACCAUACCAAAAUGUAAGGAAUUAUAAUGCUACAAUUGGUGCAGCCUUUGGUGCCAAGAAGGUUGACAUUGGAGAUAAAGUGCUUACAUUAGGCGUGUGGGAUACAGCUGGCAGUGAGAGGUAUGAAGCUAUGAGCAGAAUUUACUACAGAGGUGCUAAAGCAGCCAUAGUGUGUUAUGACCUCACAGACAGAACCAGCUUUGAAAGGGCAAGGUUUUGGGUGAAUGAACUCAUGAAAAAUGAAGAGGGUUGUAAAAUAUACCUUUGCGGUACAAAAAAGGAUCUAGUCAUAUCAGAUAAGAGAACCAGAGAAGUUGACUACCACAUGACUACAGACUACGCAGAAGAAAUCCAUGCUGAGGUUCAUGAAACAUCUAGCAAGACAGGGGAAAAUAUAUUUGAAUUAUUCACAAAAAUAGCAAAAGAUUUUGCAUCAAAUCCAGAAAAUAUAAAAAAGGAGCGGGACAAAGACAAAGAGACAUUGGAUUUAUAUGAAGAUAAUAAAAAGAAGUUUGGGUGUUGUGGUUGAUGAUGUCAAAGAAAGAAAUAGGCAGCAAGGAAUAAAUUUCAUAUUACUAACAAGAAACCAUCUUGUCAUUGGGGCAUUAUCUUACUUACUAUACAAACUGCUAUAGUUAUACCAGUACAGUCAGUGUAUUCCCUCAGUCGAACGCUUGUAUUCUUGGACGAAUAUUUGGUGUCAUCAACUAGCCUCAAAGAAAACAUUAAAAUAUGAUAUCUGAUUAUAUUCCAGAUUUUGUAAUUCGUGAAUUUAGCUGUAUGAAUUUAGUUUCAAUAUUGUUGUUAAAACAUCUUCCCUCCUCAAUAUAAUGAAAGGACAGCCAGUUGUAUGUAGAAUGCCUUUGGGGAGUUUUUCAUGCAUUUUGCUUAUAUUUUUCAUCUAAAAACAACAAAAUAC